CGCCCGUUCCCGGGGAAGGAGGCGCGGGCGUCUGAGCGAGGCCGGGCGCGGCGGCCUUCCCCAGUGCGCCCCCCGAGCCAGCGCCCGCGGCCGCCUCCCGCAUCCGCCUCGCUCCUCCCGGCGGCUCGGGCCGCCAGCUCCCGCCGCACCCCCGGCCCACCUAGUGGCCCCUGCCCUGGCCGCGGCCGCCGCGGCGGUUCCCCGAGCUCAUCCCGGACGCGCGCCCGGGCGGCGGGGGCUCGGCGGCCACCGCUGCCUCGGGGGAGCGAGGGCGGGAGGGUGUGUGUGCGCGCGUGUGAGCAGGGGGUGCCGGCGGGGCUGCAGCGGAGGCACUUUGGAAGAAUGACUCUGGAGUCCAUCAUGGCGUGCUGCCUGAGCGAGGAGGCUAAGGAAGCCCGGCGGAUCAACGACGAGAUUGAGCGGCAGCUCCGCAGGGACAAGCGGGACGCCCGCCGGGAGCUCAAGCUGCUGCUGCUCGGGACAGGAGAGAGUGGCAAGAGUACGUUUAUCAAGCAGAUGAGAAUCAUCCACGGGUCGGGCUACUCUGAUGAAGACAAAAGGGGCUUCACCAAGCUGGUGUAUCAGAACAUCUUCACGGCCAUGCAGGCUAUGAUCAGAGCCAUGGACACGCUCAAGAUCCCCUACAAGUACGAGCACAAUAAGGCUCACGCACAAUUAGUUCGAGAAGUUGAUGUGGAGAAGGUGUCUGCUUUUGAGAAUCCGUAUGUAGAUGCAAUAAAGAGUUUAUGGAACGAUCCUGGAAUCCAGGAAUGCUAUGACAGACGACGGGAAUAUCAGUUAUCUGACUCUACCAAAUACUAUCUUAAUGACUUGGACCGCGUUGCCGACCCUGCCUACCUGCCUACGCAACAAGAUGUGCUCAGAGUUCGAGUCCCCACCACAGGGAUCAUCGAGUACCCCUUUGACUUACAAAGUGUCAUUUUCAGAAUGGUCGAUGUAGGGGGCCAAAGGUCAGAGAGAAGAAAAUGGAUACACUGCUUUGAAAAUGUCACCUCUAUCAUGUUUCUAGUAGCGCUUAGUGAAUACGAUCAAGUUCUCGUCGAGUCAGACAAUGAGAACCGAAUGGAGGAAAGCAAAGCACUCUUUAGAACAAUUAUCACGUAUCCCUGGUUCCAGAACUCCUCAGUUAUUCUGUUCUUAAACAAGAAAGACCUUCUAGAGGAGAAAAUUAUGUAUUCCCACCUAGUUGACUACUUCCCAGAAUAUGAUGGACCCCAGCGAGAUGCCCAGGCAGCUCGAGAAUUCAUCCUGAAGAUGUUCGUGGACCUGAAUCCAGACAGUGACAAAAUUAUCUACUCCCAUUUCACAUGCGCCACAGACACCGAGAACAUCCGCUUUGUCUUUGCCGCCGUCAAAGACACCAUCCUCCAAUUGAACCUGAAGGAGUACAAUCUGGUCUAAUUGUGCCUCCUUGACACUGCCCUUCCCUUCCCUGGUGGGCUAUUGAAGCUAUACAAGAGGGACUGUAUUUCUGUGGAAAGCAAUUUGCAUAAUACUAAUUUAUUGCCGUCCUGGACUCUGUGUGAGCGUGUCCACAGAGUUCGUAGUAAAUAUUAUGAUUUUAUUUAAACUAUUCAGAGGAAAAACAGGAUGCUGAAGUACAGUCCCAGCACAUUUCCUCUCUUUUUUUUAGGCAAAACCUUGUGACUCAAUGUAUUUUAAAUUCUCAGUCAUACACUCACAAAGAGCUGUUUCUUCCUCUCUCUCUCUCCCCUCUUCUUUUCUAUUGAGCAAAAUGAAGCUGAUUUUCCUUUUCCUAACCCAUCCCUUCCUCCUGAUUUUUCCCACAUUACAAUGGCCUUUAUCCUAGUUCCAUUCUUGGUCAAGUUUUUCUCUCAACUGAUACAGUCAGGACAAGUGUCAUUCAAUUUAAGCCAUCAACAUCAGCUUAAUUUAACAGUUUGUAGUUUUUGCUGAAGGAUUAUAAGUAUUAAUACUGUGGUUUUAAAUGUAUUGCUCUGGAUAUACAUGUAGAGGUUUUUUUUAUAUAAAUACAUUGUUUUGCCUCACUUUGGGCUGGGACAGUGGAUGCCCAUCUAACGGUUAAGUGUCUUUUUUUUUCUUUUUUUUUUUUUUGGAUUUCUACCUUCAGCCAUAGCUUGGUUGCUCAGUGAACUGUACAUAAGUCAGUAAGGCAAGGGCCAAGACACACAGAAGUCCGUCCUUUUGAAAUGCCAUGUGCCAUUGUCCUUCCUCCUUUCCUUCCCUUUUUUUUUCACCUUGCUUUCUUCAAACUGCAGAUGCCAAAAAAUAAUGCCAAGAGACACUACAUUAUUCCAAUGGCUGCUACCCAGAUCCUUUUCAUAGGUUGCUCUUAAUAUUUUUUUCCUUCAGUUCAAACUUUUCCUCCCUUUUUUUUUUUCUUAGUGUUUGGGCCACAAUUUUUAAAAUGACUUUUAUUAAUGGGUAUGUGUUGCCAAAGCUGGCUUUUAAAAAAAAAAUUUUAGUAAGAACUUAAAAGCCAGUAUCUUAAAAUGUAAGAGAGUAAGACUGUGAAGGCUAAAGUGUUUGGCUGUGAAUGAACCUGAAAUACCAGUUGCCAAACAGUUGGUCACUGUCAACUUGACUCUCAUAGUCCAUCCUUUUCUUUGCCCUUAAAAUCAUUGUUUUGUGUCCACAUUCCGUGUUGAGCAUCUAAAUCGACAAUGUGGAAAAGCUGUCCUGUGUGAUACCCCAUGAAAUCUGCUUUUCUCUCUUCAUUUGAAGCCAGUUUUACUCUCUUUGUGUUCUUUAAGGUCAAGUAGGUCUGCCAAGAACAUUGGUUGAUAGUAUUAUUCUGACACCUUUAAUUUGCAGAAUCUGAAGUUACUGCUCGUUUACCAUCUUUGGGAUCUUAAACUGGUGACUGGCUGAGUUGAACUUAAGGAAGAUUUGUGGACCGAAAGUCAAAAGUAACCUCUCUGUUCUGUAGAACAUGUAUUUAUAAAACUGAACAUAGUAGGAGAGAGAUCUGGAAUUCUAUAUGUGCAAUUUUUCAACCAAUGCAAAAAACACAGCACAUGUAUUGAUGAGCUUCUGUCAAGCAGUUUGAGUUGAAAUAUGAUUUAAGAACAUAAGUCAUGACUGUUUUAAACCUGCUGGGAAGUUAGAAUUAGGCCAUGAUGCUGGUCUCAGUUUAACUACAAUACUAUUUGGCACGAGUCUAAACUUUCAUAUACAUCACUCUUUUGGAACAGUAAAGGAGAGGGAGAAAAUCAAUGGCUUAUCAGAUGAGUACCAGAGUUACUAAGUAGUAAUGGGAUGUUCCCAUUCUUUACUCUCCCAGCCUCAAACUACACAGGUUACUUGGUUUUUUUUUUCUCCUUAUUCAGAAAGCACCUGUAAUUUAAUGAAGAAACAGACUGCCUGUAGGUUUAGUGCAAUUACGAAUGCUCUAAUCAUUGUACAUACAUCUCUCCCUUGAUAUUGCAUCAUCCAUCCUGGCUUUGUAAUCAUUAAUUUUUUGGCAGAUUGAAUGUGCUGUAUUGAUAUGUAUCUAUGUAAUUGUAUUGUGUGUCUUGUAGCUAAUUCACAUUUUGAAUAAUGUUAUUUUAUUUACUUUUUUAAGAGAGGAGAAUGUAAAUUUGUCAGUUUAUUUCUGACUAGGGAUAUUUUUUUUUUCCAUUUAGAAAAGAAAAAAAAAAACCUUACUAUCGUACAGAGCGGUACUAGCAUCGUGCUAUAUAAAAUCAUUUGCACAUUCCUGAGUAGAGGUAUACUGAUUCUAAGACCCAAAGGUCUUAAGACCCAAAGGUAAUUUCAUAGCAAAAAUCAGUUGGAGCUUUUAUACAAACAUGGAAACCAACUUUGUAGAACUUUUGCCAUUUGACCUAGGAUUGGAAUAUGAGCUUUUAUACAAUUCAUAUUCUUAUUUGGCAAAUAUGCACAGUUUAGUAUUACCUCUCUGAUGGCCUUUAUUAGAAAGGCAGUUUUAGAAGCUAUUGUGAUCCACUAAGGAAAUGUUUUAACAGCUAGCGACCACUGCUUGCCUGAAAGGGCGAUCUUAAAUUUGGUGCAGCAAAAGAAAAAAAAAAGGAAAAAAAAAAGAAAAAAAAUAUAAACAACAACAUUUGAAGGCCUACAGUGUGUAUAGAGAAAACCUCAUCACAAGGUCAUAAGUGUUACAGUUUUAGGGAAUCAAGAUAUUCUAUUUAAUAGAGCUAUAGUAGAUGUAGUCAAUUAAACCUGAUCUCAAAGCUCAAAGAAGCUGAGCAAAACAGGGAAAGAUUGUUAUAUUUGUCUUUAUGAAAUCGGGAUGGAAUUGCUAUGCAGAAUUGCGGUUUGUGGUCUCACUGUUCAUCUUAGGGUGCAUGACAAGAUCCCUUCUCUUGAGAAAGGAAAAAAUUGAUCACCCUAGUUACAGUGACGCAUAGAAACCGAAUUGUAUCCACACUAGUCAGUCGAAGCUAAAGGAUUUUCUUUUUUGUUUCUUUGGGGUUUUACUGAAGGGUCUGGGGUGGGAAGGGAUUCUUUUCAGUUUUGUAUAAAAACGAAGUUUACUCAUGCUUUCUAUUAUUAUUGUGAUUGCAAGCAUUCUAAGCGUGUGCCACUGGACCCCUCUUGUGAUGCUCUCGGUAACAGUAACGGAGGCCUGUGGCGAGUUUUGUGGUGACUUGGGCAUGUCUUAUUGAAAAACAAAAACACAAAACACAGAAACCUUUCUUCAGCAGACCAAGGCAAGCAGCCGUCUCAUGACUCACUUAACACAUUGCAGUGUACCAGUUUACAGAUGAUUUUUCCCUUUUUGCGUGACAUGGCAGUUCCAACCCACAGAGAAUCCCUUAUUUGUAAAUUGGAGGUUUGUACUAUGCCUUACAGAGCUUAAAUUCAGAAGUUUGUGCCUCAUAUCUGAAACAAAGGGAAAUAACAAAAGUAAGUAAAUCCCCUCAAAGUGUUUGUUUUUAAAUACAUUUUCAUAUAAAGAGCUCUGUUGAAUGUCAUGAAUAGAUUGGGGGGAAAAAUCUUCUAGAAACCUGCAUAUGUUGUUUACUAGCAGAUGACAUCUACAAAAGGUAUUUAAGGAACACCCGAAACUUGUAUUUUUUUGUAGAUUAACUAGCAGGUCUAAUAUUUAAAAAAGGUAAUUCAGCUAAAGGACAAUUUACUUUUUGUACUUCAGACUAUCUUGAUUGUCAAGGUAUACGAACUGUAAUUUUAAAAUUUAUACUGCCACAUGAUUGUAAAUUUUAGUUGUCUUAAGUUAGGAAUCAGUGAAAAGCUAUUUAUGCUGGAUAGGGGUCAAAAAUGACUAUUAUUUGCAAAAAAUAUAUAAAAAUAAUGGGAAGAAAGGGCUGCAUAAUGAGAUACUUACUGCAAGACUCAGAUACUGGUUGGAAAUAAUCAAGUUACCCUCAAUUUCCCUUUGUUUUCAGUUUCUCAAAAAGAAUGAAUGAAAUGAAAUAUAGCAGAAUGUUAACCCAUAUAAAAAUAAAGUGUACCCAAAUAUUGUAA